UUAUGGUAGAGUCUGCAGCUUUGGAAGGUCCGAAAUUUUUCAAUUUCUCCCACCCACCAACUACUACCACACACAGAAAGAGAAGCAAUGGCGGAUCUCGAGGAUGUGCCUUCUGUCGAUCUCAUGACGGAGCUCCUCCGCCGGAUGAAAUGCGCCACUAAACCAGACAAACGCCUCAUCCUCAUCGGUCCACCAGGGUCCGGAAAAGGUACCCAGUCACCAAUAAUUAAGGACGAAUACUGCUUGUGCCAUCUGGCCACUGGUGAUAUGCUUAGAGCAGCUGUUGCUGCCAAGACUCCUCUUGGUGUUAAGGCCAAGGAGGCCAUGGAAAAGGGAGAACUUGUCACUGAUGAUUUGGUUGUUGGGAUAAUAGAUGAUGCAUUGAAGAAGCCAUCUUGUCAGAAAGGUUUUAUUCUUGAUGGAUUUCCUAGGACAGUUGUCCAAGCGCAAAAGCUUGAUGAGAUGCUUGAUAAACGUGGAGUCAAGGUUGACAAAGUUCUUAAUUUUGCAAUUGAUGAUGCUAUCCUGGAGGAGAGAAUUACUGGUCGUUGGAUUCAUCCUUCUAGUGGUCGUAGUUACCACUCAAAGUUUGCACCUCCAAAAGUGCCUGGUGUUGAUGAUGUAUCUGGGGAGCCUUUGAUUCAACGGAAAGAUGAUACAGCUGCGGUUCUCAAGUCGAGGCUCGAAGCUUUCCAUAAGCAGACUGAGCCAGUUAUUGAUUACUAUAGCAAGAAGGGUGUUGUUGCUAACCUUCCGGCAGAGAAACCUCCUCCAGAGGUGACAUCAGAGGUGAAGAAGGCACUGGCGUCAUGAUUGAAGACUCUAGUUUUUUGUCCACCUUCAAUAAACAUUUUGGUCAUAUUUUUCCUUGGACAUGUCAUUGCGACUCAUCACCAAAGGUUCAUGCACUGUACAAUUUGUUCUGCUGAGUCAAAGGAGUAGUCGGCAUUAGGUUUCCGAUUUACCUAUACAAGUUACAAAAUUGUUUCAGUUCACAUUCUAUCUGAGGAUGCUAAAUACAGUUUUGUGGGUAAUGUUGGUGUUUGUGUCUCUGCAUAUUGUGAAAUGUUAGCAUGAGUUUCGGAUGUGGGGUAAGGGUGCACUUUAUUUCCCCUCUACAUGCUUGCUAAUAAAAACUUCAUUGCUAUU